GUCGACCAACCGCGAUUGUCUAAUGACACGAUCUGCAUAAGUCUGCUUCACCUACCCUCUUCAUGAGCUAUCCUCCUUUUCUCUUCCGCGGAGUAGCAAGGCUAGCUACUCGCCUACAUAGCUCCCUGCUCACCCAAUGAUGCUCCUUUAUUUUAUUUUUUAUUUUUUUUAGAUUGCUGUGAACUGAUUCUUAUUGUUAUUGACGACUCUUAAUCAAAAUUUACAGCCUAUCAGUGGCGCCUGGCAUAGACACCCAUUCAGAUGGAUAGUGCAAUGCUCCGUCAUUCCAUGGUAGCGGAGGAGAUCACAGCCGGCACCACUAGCGAGACAGAUAAGCCUGGGACGGGGGCCGACCAUGGCUGGAGUGUUCAUGCUGCCGCAGAUACCGCCACCGGCUUCUACCCGUCUGGCCAUAGCCUCGAUGCGAAAACUAUGGAGGAGGAUGAUCCCAUACCUUCAGUCACUUCGGACAUUUCACCAAGGCGUGUUGGCCGGCCUAGAGCAACGCUCUUGCAUCAACCAAAUCAGCAAAUCGGGACUGAGACGCGAGAUACACCUAUCACUUUCGGGACGCCGGCAUCCCCGGCGCCAUCAACCUCGCGAAUAGCCGUACAUAUCAGAUCCUUACCGGUAACACCGCUGUCUUACAUACGCCGGGACAACCGAUCUGCUAGUAGAAGCCUUCGGGUGCCGCAAUCCGGGGCAGAAUCGUCCCCCAUAAGACGCGGGGCCUUGCUCUCCGUUGGAGGGACGGCUGACCUAACGAGAAAGAGGGGAAGACCAAAAGGUUGGAAGCCUAAGUUGUCUUACGCCGAGCUCAAGGGCGAUGCCAGCGCUGCAGUCUCUCGGUCUAGGAGAGACAAGAAGCCGGUAGUGCAACCCGAGCCGAAGCGGCGCGGACGGCCGCCUCGCCCCCUCGAGCCUACGGCUAGGGAACGAUACCUGCGGACCGAUGCCAAGUACGUAUCGUUCAAGUGCGAAUGGAAGGAGGCGUCGGGGAGGACGUGCCCGGCGGAGCUGCAGAACAUGAAGACGCUGCGCGAGCACGUCCAGGUCAUCCACGGCGACGCGGACCCGCUCGUGUGCCGGUUGGGAAAGUGCGCGGCGAGGGACCCCGCCGUCCGGUUCGAGGCGGACGAGGAAUUUGAGGAGCACGUGGAGGAGAAGCACUUCCGAGCGCUUAUGUGGUACUUGGGGGAGGGGUGCCAGAACGACAGCGCACCGACAGCAGGCAGCGGCAGCGAAGCGCUGCCGGCCUACCUCUUCGACAAGGACGGCAACCAGGUCACGCCCUCGGUGGCGGGGCAGCGGCUCGAGGACGAGCAGCAGCACCGCGAGCGGAGGCGGAAGCUGAAGCGACUCCUCCUCCAGGCGGAGGAGAAUGCUCCCUCCGAAGAGGAGUACAUCAGACAAACGCUAGGGAUGGUCUGAUGCCUGGUGGAUGGGAUAGCUCGCGUGGUGCACCAAGGCAGUUCACCGGCUAUAGUAACUGCGACUGGCCCGUCAUUUCUUGAUGAAACACGCAGUCGGCGUGCAGCCGUUGUUUUCCUAUUCGUCCGGCGCCCGAAGGUGAAGUCAAGAUUCCAAGGGGAACAAGCGCCCGUUCCUUGGACAUCCGAGGACGGGUGUGCGCAUAUAUAUAUAUUUAUUUAUACCCCCGGGUAGCAUGUCUAUCACGCUUCCUGGUCUUUCUUUCUGUCUAGCAUGCUUUUUGCCUACGCCUACUCAUUUGGAUCCGUCAUUAAGAGGCAUAGAACGUUCAUCUAUGUGCGUGCACCCAGAAUCCUAGGGCAACCGUUGAAGUAAUCUCCAAUAUGUGACUACUUUACGGAGUAGCAUUAUGGCCGUCGAGGACAAGUGACAUGCCAGGCUGAGGCUGAUGGCUACGUGGUAUGGCUGAUUACUGACAGAGGCGUACGUAGGGUGGCUAAAGCCCCAUCGGGUUGCCGCGAAAGCCGUCGCGAUGACGAAGAGGCGGAGUCUGCUGCGCCUGUCGCACUUGUGCUGGGUGGAUCGGGUACAUUCUUCAUCUUCCCUCCUACAUGCAUACGGUGCAUGUGGGUUGUGGAGGGUUCACUCUCGUUGCUUCGCUGCCUUAUUUAUAAGGCAUACAAAACGUUGAAAGCCCAACCUCAGUGAUCAUUGAUAUUGAAAGGAGGUAAAAACUAAGGUGCUAAAAG